AUGUAUGCAUUGUCUACUAGUGCUGAGGGUGCCUGUCAUCUAUGUGUGCCGCCUGACCCCGGUAUCCAGUCUGCUGCUCUAGGUGUUGGUGAGGCUGCUGCUCUAGGUGCUCGUGCGUCUCCUGCUCCAAGUGUCGUUGAGGCUGCUGCUCUAGGUGCUAGUGAGUCUCCUGCUCCAGGUGCUGACCGCACCACCCUCACGCCGCUUAGUCAGCCGGUUGCAGUCUCCCUGGCAGACCCCUCUGGGGGUCAUGUCCUUGCUCACUACUCCACUGUCCUACCGUGUCCGGCGGCCCCGUCUGGCUCCCUGUCAGGUCUUUACCUCCCCUUGUUCUCUACGAACUUGGUGAGUGGUGCUGACCUGCAGGAUGGAGGGGUUGACCAGUUCACUCCUGCGAGUCAGCGAGUGACCCACUACAUGUGUGCUCGGACGGGCCGACACUUGGCCACGUUUACCCGUCACCCGGGGUCGAGCCCGUACACACUGAUGACUGAGUCUCCUUCGGUUACUGCGUCUGGUCAGGAUGCUGCGUCGGGUCAGGUGUCUGCUGCAGCGUCCAGGUUUGGUCCUGGGUCCCUCCCUCUCUUUCCUCCGGGGCCUUCCCCUACCUGCGUUCCCUGCGUCGAGGGACGGCAGCACGCCGCUCCUCACUCCUCCGAGUUUCCUCCAACAGAGGCUCCGCUGCAGAAUCUCCACAUGGACGUGUGGGGCCCCGCCCACGUCCGUGGACAGGGUCAUGAGCGUUACUUCCUGCUGGUGGUUGACGACUACUCGCGUUACACCACAGUCUUCCCCUUGCGCCGCAAGGGUGAGGUCACUGAGGUGUUGAUCGAUUGGAUCCGCGCUGUUCGUCUCCAGCUCAGAGAGAGUUUUGGCUCAGACAAUCCUGUUCUGCGUCUGCACUCCGACAGAGGUGGAGAGUUUUCCUCCGACCUUCUGCGAGCCUUCUAUCGUGCGGAGGACAUCCGCCAGACGUUCACGCUUCCGGCCUCUCCACAGAAAAAUAGGAUUGUUGAGUGCCGCAUUGGCAUGGUCAUGGACGUCGCUCGUACGUCCAUGAUCCAUGCGGCUGCUCCCCAUUUUCUGUGGCCGUUUGCGGUUCAGUACGCGGCGCAUCAGAUCAACCUUCAGCCCUGGGUCUCUAUGCCGGAGACCUCCCCUGCUCUGCGGUGGACGGGGAAGGUUGGCGAUGCGUCUGCGUUCCGUGUCUGGGGAUCUCGAGCUUUCGUCCGCGACUUGUCUGCGGACAAGCUGUCCUCCCGUGCUGUUCCAUGCGUCUUCCUUCGCUUCCCCCCUGACGCGCCUAGUUGGCAGUUUUACCACCCCACCUCGCGCCGUGUGUCCCAGGUAGACGCGGUCAAGCCUGUCGAGGUAGCUGUUGACUCUGGUGCUGCUAGGGGUGCUGAGCCUGCGGGUGCCGGGUCUGGGGGUGCUGAGCCUGCGCGUGCAAAGCCUGGGGGUGCUGAGUCUGGGGGUGCUGAGCCUUGGGGUGCUGAGUCUGGGGGUGCUGAGCCUGGGGUUGCUGAGUCUGGGGGUGCGGAGCCUGAGGGUGCUGGGCCUACUCGUGUGGAGUCUGGUGGUGCUGGGCUUGGAGGUCCUUCCGGUGCUUCGUCCCGAGGUUCUGCUGCGGCUGGAGGUCCUUCUGCUGCUGGGGCUGCUGGGGGUUCUGGAGGCACGGGUCCCGGAGGUGCUCGUACUGGAUGUACUGGAGCUAGAGCUGCUGGCGGUGCUGGAGCUGGCGGUGCUGCUGGAGUAGGUGCUGCUGGAGGUACUGGAGUUGGAGCUGCUUCGUCUUCCGGUAGUCCUGCUGGAGCUGGAGCUGCUGCCGGUGCUGGAGCUGGGGGUGCUGCUGGAGGUGCUGCUGGAGGUGCUGGAGGUGGAGGUACUGCUGGAGCCGGUGCUCAUGUGGGUGCUGGAGUUAGCGCUAGUGGAGCAGCUGGUGGAGCUGCUGGAGCUGUUGGAGCUGAUGCUGGGGGUGCUGGUGCUGUACCUGCUGGCUCUGGAGGUGCUGCGCGGCCACGACCGUACUUCGUUCCGCUCCUCGAGCAGGUUCUUGGUCUUCUGCCCUCUACUGGUCCUGCUCCUCCCUUAGAGUGUCCACCGCUUGUCCAGUCCGAGUCACAGUUAGAGCCCGCCUCCCCACUGCCUGCUCCUUCUCCCUACACUCGUCCUACUGGAGGUCUUGCUGAGCGUCGUGAGCCUGCGUCUCGUCCUACGUCGCCUGUUCGUACUGCUUGCAGUGGUCGUCGUGUUUUGCGUCAGCGUCCUCCUGUGGUCCGAGGCACGCACCAGAUGGCACUCCGUCCUUCCACUGCUCCACUGCGUGUCCCUUUGCCGUCUCCUCCAGAGUCCUCUCUUCCUGCUCUUUUUGAGUUGGAGUCGGACUCCCUUCGUGCUGCUAGCCCUACUGUCAGGCGUCUCCUGGCUAAUGUUGUCACUGACCCUUCCUUUGAAUCCACUGCUGCGUCUGCCUUAGUUGCUGAGCUUGUCGACUUCGCUACUCACCGUCGUAUAGACUACGCCGCUAGUCUUGUUGCUGAGUCUGAGUCUGUCUGUCCUCCGUCCGUCGGGGGUGAGUGUGCUCUUAGCACGGACGUCCUUGAGGACAGGCAGGAGGAGUUCCAGUGUUUUGCUGCUGCUUUUCCUCAUCUCGUGUCCAUGCUGAUUGCACCUGAGGGAGACCCGGAUGCACCAGACAUCCCGACUCCGCGCUCUUAUGCAGAGGCGAUAGAGGGUCCCUACUCCUCUCAGUGGCAGUCAGCCAUGGACGCAGAGAUGGCUUCCUGGAAGUCCACAGGCACCUACGUCGACGAGGUUCCCCCACCUGGGGCGAACAUCGUCAGUGGCAUGUGGAUUUUCAGGGUGAAGCGGCCGCCGGGUUCUCCGCCUGUCUUCAAGGCGCGUUACGUGGCUCGAGGCUUCAGUCAGCGGCAGGGAGUUGACUACUUUCAGACCUUCUCUCCCACCCCGAAGAUGACCACUCUUCGGGUGCUGCUGCACAUAGCCGCUCAGCGCGACUACAAGCUUCACUCUCUUGACUUCAGCACUGCUUUCUUGCAGGGCAGCCUGCACGAGGAGAUCUGGCUGCGCCGCCCACCUGGCUUCACUGGGUCGUUUCCUCCUGGUACCCAGUGGAGCCUCUGGCGGCCAGUCUACAGUCUCCGCCAGGCGCCCCGUGAGUGGCACGACACACUGAGGACUACACUUGCAGCUAUUGGCUUUGCUCCUUCUACUGCCGACCCGUCACUGUUUCUACGCACCUACACCUCUCUGCCGCCGUUCUACAUCCUCGUGUACGUCGACGACUUGGUCUUUGCCAUUGCUGACACUGCUGGACUCGCCCAUGUGAAGUCCGAGCUGCAGAAGAGACACACGUGCACAGACCUAGGUGAACUGCGCAGCUACCUUGGCCUGCAGAUCACCCGGGACAGAGCGCGGCGCACCAUUACUCUGACUCAGUCACACAUGGUGCAGCAGGUCCUUUCAGCGCUUCGACUUCACGUACUCCUCGCUUCAGGCCACUCUGUCUACUUGCCAGUCGCUCUCACCUCUGCCUUCGGAUAA